AUGCCGCUUAUUUACGGCGAAGGGCGGCAGAAGGCAUUGAGUAGACUCUUGAAGGAGAUUUGGGAAUCCUGUAAAGAUGGAUCGCCGGCUCUUCCAUCAAUGCUUUCCACAGUACCCUACAUUAGAAAUCCGGACUUUGUGGAUCGCCCCAAUAUCCUAGCUUGGAUCCGUGAAAAGGGCAGCUUAGGGAAGCCUACUUCUCGUAUUGCCCUUGUAGGAGUAGGGGGGGUAGGCAAGAGCCAAAUUGCGAUUGAAUACGCCUACUCUAUUGGCGGCCCUCCCAGUACACUUAUCCUUUGGGUGUAUGCGGGUAGCAGGGCUGGAUUAGAGCAGAGCUACAGAGACAUCGCAGACGCCAAUCGUAUUCCGGGCCGAGAUCAGCUUGGGGGAGAUAUUCUCGGGUUAGUCAGGAAGUGGCUCAGAACUGAAUGCCAAACGCCUUGGGUAAUGAUACUAGAUAAUGUAGAUGACCGAAGCAUGGCUGAGUACGUGGAUAAAUUCAUUCCUCAAAACGGGUUUGUCCUCGUUACAUCUCGAAACGAAGACGCUGCCGCUUACCUGGUGGGCGACCACACGAAUAUCAUUACUGUAGGCCCAAUGAGAAACGAAAACGCUCUAGCUCUUCUCCGAAAGAAGCUACGACGAGAGGUCGAAUGGGACGACGGUAAAGCAUCUGACCUCGUCAGAGCCCUUGACCAUAUCCCGCUGGCAGUCUCUCAGGCUGCCGCAUUCCUUAACGACAAGGCUUCAAAGUACAGUCUUUCUCGAUACCUUGAUGAAAUAAGAAUAGAAGGAGAAAAGGGUGGCUUCCUUGAAAAGGCCUACAGGGAUCUCUGGCGAGACUUAACAGACUUUGAGCAAGCAAACUCUGUUGUUCUGACCUGGCACAAAUCUUUCCGUAGUAUUCAAGCAGAAAGACCUACUGCAGCCGCAUUGCUCUCGGUGCUGAGUUUCUUUGACCGACAAGAGAUCCCAGAAAUUCUGGUGUACAUCUCCGGAGCGCGAUCCCACGGUUUCUAUCAUAUAAGAAACAUUAGCAGGGACGACAUUGACGAAGAUAUAUAUUUGUUAAAGAAAUAUGCCUUUCUCUCCCAAGAUGUCAAAUCGAAUGGCUACCGGAUGCAUCGCCUUGUACAGCUCUCACUACGGAAGUGGCUAGAGAGCACUAGCAGGUUUACACGGACUAAAGAGGAGAGUUUGCUGGCGAUACUUGAGGCGUUGCCUACCCCAGAUCAAGAAGAUUGGAUUAAGAGCAGAGUAUUGCUUCCUCACGCCGAGGCCAUCCUUAGCUUCGCCCCAUUCCGAAAACCAUACCUGCUACCUUACACAACCCUGUGCCACACGACAGCUUACUAUGCUAGAGCAUGGAAAGGACACCAAGCGCUCCAGGGAACCGUCAAAACUGCCGCUACAAGAACACAGACGUUAUUUAAUCCAAAAGAUGUGCUUGCGCUAAAUUGUGGGUUUAGCUUGUCGUGGCUAUUUCUGGCUGAUGGAAAAUACAAUGAAGCCGCAAAAUGGGCUAGACAGGUCCUAGAAGGGCGUGAAAUAGUCCUUGGUCCUGAUAACUUGGACACACUGUCAGCUUACAGUUCUUUAGCUUUAAUGCUACGGUAUCAAGGAAAAUAUCAGGAAGCAGAGCUGAUUUCGCGAAAAGCAAGAAUCGGUUUCAAAACAGCGCUUGGUAUCGACCAUCCUAAAACUCAAAAAAGCAACAAUAUCCUAGCAUCAAUCCUCUUAUUCCAAGGGAAAUACAAGGAAGGCGAGAAGUUGUUUUUAGAGUUAGUAAAUGCACAGAAGAGGGUGCUUGGAGAGGAGCAUCCAGACACGCUGACCAGCAUGGGCGACCUGGCGUUAACGUAUGGCGAUCAAGGCCGGUGGAAGGAAGCCGAAGAGCUGGGCGUGCAAGUGAUGGACACGAGAAAGAGAGUGCUUGGGGAGGAGCAUCCAGACACGCUGACCAGCAUGGGCAACCUGGCGUCAACGUUUUGGGAUCAAGGCCGGUGGAAGGAGGCCGAAGAGCUGGAGGUGCAAGUGAUGGAGACAAGAAAGAGAGUUCUUGGGGAGGAGCAUCCAGAUACGCUGACCAGCAUGGGCAACCUGGCGUCAACGUACAGGAGUCAAGGGCGGUGGGAGGAGGCCGAAGAGCUGGAAGUACAAGUGAUGGAGACGAGAAAGAGGGUGCUUGGGGAGGAGCAUCCAGAUACGCUGACCAGCAUGGGCAACCUGGCGUCAACGUACAGGAAUCAAGGCCGGUGGAAGGAAGCUGAAGAGCUGGGCGUGCAAGUGAUGCACGCAAGAAAGAGGGUGCUUGGGGAGGAGCAUCCAGACACGCUGACCAGCAUGGGCAACCUGGCGUCAACGUUUUGGAAUCAAGGUCGGUGGAAGGAGGCCGAAGAGCUGGGGGUGCAAGUGAUGGAGACGAGAAAGAGGGUGCUUGGGGAAGAGCAUCCAGACACGCUGACUAGCAUGGCCAACCUAGCACAUACCCGGAAGUCCCAAAGCCAGAAUGAAGAAGCAAUCUCCUUCAUGAAAAAGUGCUUUAAGCUACAGAAGCAGAUUCUUGGCCCUCACCAUCCUAACACAGAGUCUUCACUCGAAGCUCUAAACAGGUGGCAAGUGGACAAUUUAGAGAUAUAA